AACGACACCCCACUCCUUUAAAAUCUCCCACUCCCGUUCUUUACCAUCCAUGGGCGCCGACAUGUCGGACAAUAAUAAUCGCCUCGCUUUCACCAAAGACUUCUUCUCCUCUCCGGCUCUUUCUCUUACUCUUGCGGGGAUUUUUCGCCGGGGCGAGGCGGGGGAGAAAGGGGAUGUUGAGAUGGAGGAGGUGGAUGACGGGAGAGAUGAUAUGACGACGGCGGUGGAGGUUAGUAGCGAGAAUUCGGGACCGGUGAGGUCGAGAUCGGAUGACGAUUACGACGGUGGAGGAGUGCAUGAAGAGAAUGAAGAUGGGUGUCAUGGAAAGAGAAGGAAGAAGUAUCAUCGGCAUACCAACGAGCAGAUCAGAGAAAUGGAGGCGCUGUUUAAAGAGUCGCCACAUCCGGAUGAGAAGCAAAGGCAGCAGCUUGCUAAGCUACUAGGGCUUUCAUCAAGGCAGGUCAAGUUUUGGUUCCAAAAUCGUCGAACCCAAAUCAAAGCAAUUCAAGAGCGUCAUGAGAACACAUUAUUCGAAAUGGAGAAACUUCGAGAUGAAAAUAAAGGAAUGAGAGAAAUUUUCAAGCGAAAACUCGGUUGUCCAAACUGUGGCACUACCGACGUCGCAGCAACAGCAACAACCACAGAGCAAUUGCGUAUCAAGAAUGCCAAGCUCAAAGUCGAGAUUGAGAAACUACGAGCGGCGCUGGGAAAACACCGACAUGCAGCGGUGUCUCUGUCAUACUCAUCGGAGAACGAGCAAGAAACGAACCAAAGCUGCUUAGAUUAUUACACAGGAAUUUUCCGGCUUGAAAAGUCAAGGAUCAUGGAGAAGGUUCAUCAAGCUCUAGAAGAGCUCAAAACAAUGGCUGCAGCCGGCGACAGUCUUUGGGUCCUCAGCGUCGAGACCGGAAGAGAGAUAUUAAACUACGACGAGUACUUAAAAACCUUCCAUCUCAACAAUGAUUCUAACCGUAGUUGGCUCAAAACCCACAUCGAGGCCUCUCGUGAGACGGCCCUUGUCUUCAUGGAGCCCUCAAGGUUGGUUCAAAGCUUCAUGGAUGAGAAUCAAUGGAAGGAGAUGUUUCCUUUCAUGAUCUCGAAGGCAGCUACGGUUGAUGUUAUUUGUAAUGGAGGGAUUGCCAAUUGGGACGGCGCAGUGCAAUUGAUGUUUGCAGAGGUACAAAUGCUUACACCAUUAGUGUCCACAAGAGAGAUGUAUUUCAUCCGGCAUUGCAAGCAGCUCGACGCUGAACGAUGGGCGAUUGUCGAUGUUUCAAUCGAAAAUGUCGAAGAUAAUAAUAUCGACGUAUCAUUGGUGAAAUAUAGAAAACGUCCUUCUGGCUGCAUCAUUAAGGAUGAAUUUAAUGGUCAUUGUAAGGUUUUUCUGGUAACAAUGGUGGAGCAUUUGGAAUGUCAAAAGAACAAAGUUCAUAACUUGUUCAGAAACUUAAUCAACAAUGGCGGUGGCUUUGGGGCAAAACGUUGGAUGGCAACUCUCCAACUCCAAUGCGAACGCCUUGCUUUCUUCAUGGCAACCAACAUCCCCAUGAAAGACUCAACUGGAGUUGCAACACUAGCGGGUAGAAAAAGCACAUUAAAGUUGGCACAGAGAAUGAGUUCAAGCUUCUCCCAAGCAAUAGCAGCUUCAAGUUAUCAGACAUGGACCAAGGUUGUGGGCAAAACAGGGGAAGACAUUAGGGUUUGUUCCAGGAAGAAUCCUAGUGACCUUGGUGAACCCAUUGGAGCUAUUUUGUGUUCAGUUUCUUCUCUAUGGCUGCCUGUUUCUCCUCACCUUCUCUUUCAUUUCCUGAGAGACCAAGCUUGUCGACAUCAGUGGGACGUUAUGUUUGGUGGAGAUGAAGCUAAGUCGAUUGCAAAUUUAGCUAAAGGACAAGAUCGAGGCAACUCAGUUACCAUUCAAACAAUUGGAUCAAAAGAGAGCAGCAGCAGCAUGUGGAUCCUCCAAGACAGCUCCACAAACUCGUCGGAAUCCAUGGUGGUUUACUCCGGAGUAGACGUUACCGGCAUGCAGUCGGUGAUGACAGGCUGCGAUUCCAGCAGCCUCACCAUUCUCCCUUCUGGCUUUUCAAUUCUCCCCGACGGCGCUGUGUCCAGGCCGCCCCUCCUCAUCACCCGACAGAAAGACGACAAGACCGCCGACACCAAUGGCGGCGUUCUGCUGACUGCCGCCGUUCAAAUCCUCACCGACGCCUCUCCCUCUGCAAAACACACCAUGGAAUCUGUUGAGUACGUUAAAAACAUCAUUAGUUGUACGCUAAAAAAUAUCAAAACUAGCAUGAGCUGUGAGGAAGAUUGAUACAUAACCUAUAAUUGAUCCAUAUAGCCUAUAUUAUCCUUUUUUC